AUGAAUAUUUCAUGCGUAUUUGCACAAUUUAACAAUACUACUUCCUACCCAAUCACACAAGACGGCACGUGUGGUGUUAGUGUUAAUAGAUCAUGUGGUAAUUUUGACUGUUGUUCACAAGACGGUUAUUGUGGUGGUACCGCAGAUGGAUGUCAGAAAGAUUAUGGUUUCUGUGGUCUUUUAAAUGAUAGUUUAAAGAUUAUUAAUUCAUGCCAAAGUGAAAGAACUUUGGCAUUAACUUUUGAUGAUGGUCCACGUCCGUGGACAAAUGAAUUACUUGAUGAAUUAAAAAAACAUGAUAUAAAAGCCACUUUCUUUUUCAAUGGUCAUAAUGCUUUAAAUUAUUGUAUAUACGAUUACGCUGAUAUCGUGCGUCGAAUAUAUGAUGAAGGCCAUCAAUUUGCUCAUCAUACAUGGUCGCAUCCUCAUAUGGCUCAGGUGACACCUAAAGAAGUCAACUACCAAAUCGAUAAGUUAGAAACAGCAUUUAUUAAAAUCCUUGGUGUAAUCCCUCGAUUUUUCCGACUCCCAUUUGGUGAAGGUAUGAAUUACGAUGCAUUAAGAACAAACUUAAUACAACGUGGAUAUAAAUUUUUUGCACUUUGGGAUAUUGAUACCAAUGAUUUUCUGGGUAAUGAAACAAUUGCAAAGGAACUUUUUUUAAAUGGAAUUAGUGAUGCAAAGCCACACAUUGUAUUAAAUCAUGAUAGGGUCCUUACUACCGUUGAGGAUUUAGUACCAUUUAAUAUUGAAAAUGCAAUAAAGGCGGGUUAUACUUUUGAUACUUUAGCUGGAUGUAACGGAAUGCAUAACAAAACUGAUUGGUAUAAGGUUAUUGGGGAACGUCAAAAGAAUGAUUCGACUUGGAUAUGUACUCCAGAUGAUAUGCAUAUUCCAUAG